AUGUCAACACCCAUUAUUACGGUUGCUCUUCAUCAGGAUGAUCAGGAAGCAUCCAGCUCCAACUUUCAAAAUUUUGUGCGUUCUCAACUCUCUUUAAUUGUUCAGUUAACUCAGAUAAUGGACAAAAGAUUGACUAAAUUUGAAAGAUAUGUGGCUACAAUAAAGCGGCUUAUGGUUUUGUGUGAUGAUGAUGAUGAUGAUGAUAUGGUGUUGAUGAAACCCCUCCUAGCUCUCCAGAUUAGUGUUGCUAAUAUUCUAGAUGUUGAUGCUACAACUGAUCAGCCCAUUCCAUACACUGGUGACCAAUCAAAAAUCGAUGACUAUGAAGGGUUUCUUGAUCUUGGUUUCAUGCAAGAAGUUGUUGUUCCUAUUGUCCCCUUAAAUGUUGUCUAUCCUGGUUCUUCUUUUAAGGGGGAUAUUUCUUAA